AUGUCGAGCUUUGGUAACUACUUUCGCGUGACGACCGCGGGAGAGUCCCACGGCAAGUGUGUCUCUUGCAUUAUCGAGAACUGCCCGCCAGGCCUCGCCCUCACCGAAGAGGACAUCCAGCCGCAGCUCAACCGUAGACGUCCCGGCCAGUCUGCCAUUUCUACCCCUCGCGAUGAAAAGGACCGUGUGACGAUUGGAUCAGGAUGCGAGUUUGGACGAACCCUGGGCACGCCCAUCACCCUCACAGUCAUGAACGAAGACCAGCGCCCGAAAGAUUACGGAUCGAAAACAAUCGACAUGUACCCGCGCCCCUCCCACGCCGACUGGACCUACCUCGAAAAGUACGGCAUCAAGGCCUCCUCCGGUGGUGGCCGCAGCAGUGCCCGCGAGACCAUUGCUCGUGUCGCCGCCGGUGCCGUUGCCGAGAAGUGGCUGCGCGAGGCUUACGGUGUCGAGAUUGUCGCCUUUGUGUCCUCAGUUGGCAAGAUCAAGCUCUUUGACGACGUCGACUCGCUCAGCAGCGACCCCAAAUUCCUCAGCCUCGUUGACACCCUCACCCGCGAAAAGGUUGACGAGUUCCUUCCCGUCCGCUGCCCUGAUGCUACAAUUACGAAGCAGAUGGAGGAUUUGACUGCCGAGCUCCGCGACCAGCACGACUCUAUCGGCGGCACCGUCACCUGCAUUAUCCGCGGCUGCCCGUCUGGCCUUGGCGAGCCCGCCUUUGACAAGCUCGAGGCUCUCCUCGCACACGCCAUGAUGUCGAUUCCUGCGACCAAGGGCUUUGAGAUUGGCUCUGGCUUCCACGGCUCCGAAAUGCGCGGAUCCGUCCACAACGACCCCUUCGUUUCCACCCCCGCCGACGCCACGGCUACGACACCUGGUGCUACAGCUGGCAUCCCCGCCUCGCGCCUACACACCAAGACGAACCACUCGGGUGGUAUUCAGGGCGGCAUCUCCAACGGCAUGCCCAUCUUCUUCCGUGUUGCAUUCAAGCCCCCUGCCACCAUCUCCCAGGACCAGACUACCGCUCGCUACGAUGCUUCCGGUGAGGGUGUCUUGGCUGCCAAGGGCCGUCACGACCCUAAUGUCGUCCCUCGCGCGGUGCCUAUCGUUGAGGCUAUGGCUGCUCUGACGAUUGCGGAUGCCCUCAUGGCUCAGCAUGCGAGACAGAUGGGUAUGAAGAUUGCUGCGUCUUUGGCUGGAAAGUCGUAG